AUGAAAAUAUUAGAAUGGAUAUCCUGUACUAUCAAAGGAAAACAUAAUGAGAAUAAAAUAUAUUUAAUAUCUAAUUUUGAAUUUAAUAAAGAUGAGCAUGAAUAUUAUAUAAAGAAUGCUCAAAACAAGAUCGAGGAGGAAGAUUUGAAUAUAGAUAUAAUAUAUGGGAAGAAACAUAAAAAUGAAAUAAGAACAGCUAAAUAUAAAUUAUAUAGCUUUUUGCCUUUGAUUGUAUUUUUUCAAUUUUUAAGAUUAGGAAAUUUAUAUUUUUUAUCAAUAUCAAUGUUACAAUUAAUACCUGAAAUAACAGACUCAAAAGGAAUGCCAACUUAUUUAAUACCCUUAGUUUUUAUAAUAGUAGUGGCAAUGAUUAAAGAAUUUUUUGAAGACUGGCAAAGGCACAAAUCUGAUAAUGAAGAAAAUAGUAAAAAAACUAUGGUUUUUGAACAAGGAGAAUUAAAAGAAAAAAAAUGGGCAGAUGUUAAAGAUGGUGAUGUUGUAAAAAUUUUCUCAUAUGAAUAUUUUCCUGCUGAUUUGAUUGUAUUAAAUUGUUCUAAUAAAAAAGGAAUUGUAAACAUUGAAACUAAAAAUGUAGAUGGUGAAUCUAAUGUUAAACAAAAAUAUUGUUUACCAGAUAUAUCUAAAUAUUUUAGUGAUGAUAAAAGUGCAGGAUUCUGUAGAAUAGAAUUAAUAAGUGAAAGACCUAAUGAUAAUAUUUUUGAUUAUAAAGGAUAUAUGAUAUUACCUCCUUUACAAUAUAAAAAUAUGAAGAAUGGAAAACUUGUUCAUUUUUAUAAUACUCAUUAUAAAAUGGAUGAUAAUAAAGAUGAACACGAUGAAAAAGGAACAGGAAUCUUUAUUAAUGAAAAUAAUAAAUAUGAUAAUAAUGAUCCACAUAUUUUAUAUAAUGCAAAUGAACAACAUAAUUUUUCGGACAUGACAAAGAAUGAUCAUAAUAUAUAUGACGACCAUCAUCAAAAUGGUAGGCAUGAUAAUAAUGAUGAUAAUAAUUUUGAUAAUAAUAAUAAUAAUAAUUGUUUUUCCGUGGAUGACAUCAAGAAACAGGUGCAAAAAGAAGAAACAGUAGAUAAAAAAAAAACCUUUUUUACUAUAAAUAAUAAAAAAAAGGUAUACGACACAUCUAGUAGUAAUAAUGACCAAAUAACACAUAUUAAUAAUGAUGUUAUUAGUGAGAAUAAACCAGAAAGGAGAAGAAGAACUUUGUACAGCAAGUUAACGUUUAAUAAGUCAUUUUUUAAUAACAAAAAUGAGAACGAGAAAUUAAAUAAAAGGAAUUCCACACUAUCAUCAAUUGGUAAUAAUAAUAAUAAUAAUAAAAAUAAUAAUAAUGAUGAUGAUAAUAUUCAUAAUGGAGCAUAUGAUGAAGAAGAACAAAAACUAAAAAAAGAAAAUUUUUUUUUUAAAGAACAUAAAAGAGAUCAGAAACUUGUUCAAAUAACAAUAGAUAAUUUAGUACUUAGAGGAACAUCUUUAGUAAAUACAAAAUGGAUUUAUGGUUUAGUAAUUAAUACAGGAAAUCGUACAAAGUUAAUGAAAAAUGCAUCAACAAAAUCAAGACAAAAAUGGUCUAGAUUAGAAUUUGUAUAUGGAAAUCAUGUUAUUGUAUUAAUUAUAUGUCAAGUGUUUAUAUCUUUAAUAGUAGCUAUAGCAGGUGUAUUAUGGAUGAGAAGAAAAGGCUAUACUUUGUGGUAUUUAAAUUUAGAUCAAACAUCUGAUAGUUUAAAAACAUUUUUUAUAACUAUAGGAUCUAUGAUUCUAUUAUUUGGUUCUUUUAUACCAGUAGAUUUAUUAUUAAUAUGGGAGGUGGUUAGAUUAUUACAAGGAUAUUUAAUAAAUUGGGAUAAUGAUAUGUAUAGCGAAAAAACUGGUAGACAUGCAUUAAGUAAAGCUGGACAAUUAUUAGAAGAAAUGGGAAAUGUUACUCAUAUAUAUUCGGACAAAACAGGAACCUUAACACAAAAUGUUAUGCAGCUACAAAAUAUUGGUUUGGGAAAUAAGGGAACAUAUGGUUUUUAUGAUUUCAGUAAUAUAAAGGAAAAUAUUGCAAAGAGCAGACAUUGGGGUAGUCAAGAUCCUAUGGACCCUGUUUUUGAAGAUUACGAUAAUGAAGAAAAUGGACAUGGACACCUAAAUGAUGAGAACAAAAAUGAUCAUGGUACAAAUGAUAGUGAUGACAACAACAAUAAUAAUGAUGAUGAAAAUGACGAUGAAGAUGAUGAUCGUGAUAAAGAUAAUGAUAUUCAUCGUGAUAAAGAUAAUGAUAUUUAUCGUGAUAAAGAUAAUAUUAUUCAUCGUGAUAAAGAUAAUGGUAUUCAUGGUGAACAUAAUGUUCAUAACCAUCAUUAUGACAAUUAUGAUAAUUAUUACCUUAAUAAUUAUCAACGCCAAAACCAUGUAAAAAAUAAACCAUACAACGAUGAUGAAACAAAUUUUUAUAGAAAUAAUAAUUUGAAUAAAGAAAAGACAAGAAGGAGCCAUACAUUUUUGAAUCCUUUAAAUUGGUCAAAUACUUCAAUAAAUACAAAAAUGAAAAAGAAAAAGAGUCUAUUUUAUAAUAAAAAUAGCUUAGCUAAUUAUGAAAGCUUACUAAAUAGUACUUAUACUGAAGAUGAUUUUAUUAGGGGUGAAAAUGAAUUUGUUUUUUUUAAUAGAUUAUUAUUUGUUAAUAAAAUAUAUAGCAUUCGUCAUGAUGUUCAAGAUCAAAUAUAUUUUUUAUUAUUAGUUUUAAGCUUAUGCCAUAGUGCUAUGAUAAGAAAUGUAGAUAUAGAUGAAAUGGAUAAUAAUGAAGAUGAUAAUAACAAUAAUGAAAAAUUAAAAAUAUAUGAUAAAGAAACUGAUAUGGUUUAUACAUACAUUACACAAACACAACCACAAUAUGAUGCAAGUUCUCCAGAUGAAUUAGCUUUAAUAAGUACAUCUUUAUAUUUAGGAUGUGAGUUUGUAAACAGACCUAAUUUAACUACUAUAGAAAUAGAAUUAUCAUCUACAUUUGCUCAAAGGUUUAUAUUAGGUGAAAAUAAAUUCGAAAAAUUUUUAGAAAAAAAAAAAAUUUAUGAAAAAGAAUUUGAUACAUAUUUCCCUGAUGUAAUUGGGUGUUUUGGAAAGGAGAAAAAAAAAGAGAGUAUUAAAAUAAAUGAGAAUAUAAACAAAGGUAAUACAAAAGAUGAUUAUAUGAAUAACUUUCAUAUGUCUAUACCAAUAAAAAAUAUCUUUGGUUCUAAUAAAAUUCAAUAUAAAGAAGAAAUUAAAUCUGAAGAGAAAAUUAUUAAAAAAGUUGUACCCAUUUUAUCAUUUGAAAUAUUAGAUGUAUUCGCAUUUGAUAAUGUAAGAAAAAGAAUGUCAUUAAUUGUUAAAAAUGAAAAAAAAGAAAUCUUUAUGUUAGUAAAAGGAGCUGAUACAAGUGUAUUAAAAUUAGCAUCAAAAAAUCAAGAAAAUAUUGUAGAUCACGUAGAGCAUCAAUUACAUGCAUUUGCAACAUCAGGUUUAAGAACGUUAGUUUUAGGAUAUAAACAUUUGACAGAAAAUGAAUUUACUGAUAUGUAUCGAAAUCAUAUAGAUGCUAGAAAAAAAUCAGAAACAGAUAAAGAAGAAUAUUUACAAGAAUUUUAUGAAGAAGCUGAGAAUAAUUUAAUUAUUAUUGGAUGUACAGGUAUUGAUGAUAAGUUGCAAGAUGAUGUCCCUCAAGUAAUACAAGAUUUAAGAGAUGCAGGUAUGACAAUAUGUGUAUUAACAGGAGAUAAAUUAGAAACAGCUAUUAAUAUUGGACAUUCUAUAAAUAUAUUAAAUAAACAAACAUAUAAUGCUAUAUUUACAGAAACUGACCCAGCUUUAUUAUUAGAACAGAUAAAUAUUCAUGAGAAGAAUACAAAUGCAGCAAAUCUUUUAAAUGUAGAUCAUGGUACGAAAUGGUGGAAUAGUGUAAAUUGGGAAAAUUUAAAUUUAGAUUUAAGAUCUGAAACAAUAUUAAAUUUUAUGAAAUCUAAUUUUCAUGGUUCUAUAAAAAAGAGUAUUAUAUCAUCAAAUAUGUUUAAUAUGAAAAAUAAUAAUUCUUUUCCAAGUUUAGCUAGACAAGAUAAAGUAUUCAACUCUUUUUUAGAAUCUAGUGAAUCAUUUUGUCAUAAUAAUGAAUUGGAUAAAACGAAAGGAAAAGAACAAGUACAUUAUUCACAAUUUUCUAUAACAAUUACAGGUGAAGCAUUAGAUGUUAUAAUGAAAGAUAAAAUUUUAAAAAUCAAAUUCUAUACAUUAGCUAGAAGUGCAUCUACAUUAAUUGCUUGUCGUGUAACACCUAAACAAAAAUCAUUAUUAGUUAAAGAAAAUUCUGCUUUUAAUCCUCGCGGUACAUCAUUAGCUAUAGGUGAUGGUGCAAAUGAUGUUGGCAUGAUUUUAAUGGCUAAUGUUGGUGUUGGUAUUGCAGGAAAGGAAGGUUUACAAGCUGCUCGUUCUUCUGAUUUUACUAUCAGUGAAUUUAAAUAUUUAAAAAAAUUAUUAUUUGUACAUGGUAGAGAAUCAUUAAGAAGAAAUUCUUUUUUAGUAUAUUUUUGUAUAUUUCGUAAUGUUAGUUUUUGUUUAUGUUCAAUGAUAUUAAUAUUUUGGACAGGUUAUAGUGCUAUAGAUGCAUGGAAUCCAUGGACAAAACAAAUUAUUAAUAUAGCUUUCACAUCAUUACCUGUAAUAUUUUUUGUUGCUUUAGAUAAGCAGUUACCACAUAAUAUCCUUUUAAAUAAUCCUUUAUUAUAUGAAACAUCACCAUCAACUUUAUGGCCAUUUUAUUCUAAUAGAAAAAUGGAAUUUUAUACUAACAAAGUAAAAAGUUGUUAUAAAUCAUUUUAUAAAUUUUUUUUUUUCCCUAUACGAUAUAUACCAUAUAUACAAAGAUAUACAGAAAAAAUAAAAUCAUGGAUUGGAAAAAGAUCAAAACCAGAAAAGUAUAGAACUUAUGGUACACAUUAUUUAUUUGUUUAUUUAUUAUUUGCAAUUUGGCUAGCUACCGUUGAAACGGUUAUAAUGUUACAUUUUUCAACAGGACAAGCAUAUUCAUCUUCUUUAAAAGAUAAUCAUCAUGCAGAUAUAGAUUUUAAUACGUUUUCACAAAUUCUUUAUACUCAUCAUGUAAUAGCAGUAAAUAUAGUAGUAGUACUAAUGACUAAUACAUGGUUUUUUAUAUCUCAUGUAGUGUUAUGGGUAGAAUUGAUAGCAACAUUUUUCUUUUGGUUUAUAAUAAGUAAUACUAAAUUCUUUUUAGAUAUUGUAGGAGCAGAUGAAUUACAUGGUACAUUUGAAAAAGCACAUUCAUCAGGUAACUAUUAUGCUUCAUUAAUAAUUUCUUUAUACAUAUCUAUAUUACCAUUAUUAAUAUUAAUGACUUAUCAAUUUAUAAAAAAACCGACUAUGGAACAAAUAGUACUAGAGCAAUUAAAAUUGGGGAAAUUUGAAGGAUUAAGAAAAUACGAAAUAAAAAAAUUAGCAUAUAUUGAUAACCAAAAAAGUUCAAAUGAAUUUAAUCAUAAAGGAUUUGCUUUUGCAGUAGAGGCGAAAGAAGCCUUUUGGGGAUUGGUACAGAAAGCUAUCUAUAAAAUUAAAAUGCCCUUACUUAAAGAUGAAACUGGAAAUAUAAAGCACAAAAGAAAAUCAUAA